AUGUCGCGAAUUAGACGAAACUGGACCGCCAAGGAAGACAAGCUCCUCUGCGCUGCUGUUCAAAAAGCCGAGGAAGAAUCACGACCGCUUCUCUGGCGCGAACUCGCGAAAUCGGUGCCGGGACGAUCCAACAAAGAUUGCCGCCGAAGAUGGUGGAACAGCCUUGCCAACAAUCACAUCAACAAAGGCCCCUGGUCCGAAGAAGAGGAUGAGCGGCUCUUCACCGCCGUCCAGACCUAUGGGAUGAACUGGAGCCAGGUUGCGGCAGAAGUCAGGUCCAGAAACUCGGACCAGUGCUCGAGCCACUGGAGUCAGGUCUUGAACCCCAACAUUAACUAUUGUGACUGGGCCGAGGAAGAGGACGCAAACCUACUCCACGAAGUUCUUACCCACGGCACCAACUGGGCCACCAUUGCGGGAUUCCACACACCGAUCCGGACAACCCUUGCGCUGAAGAACCGCUAUUCCACCUUGCGACUGAGAAACGAGAACAAGAAGAACAGACAAGGCGAGUCCGACACGAUAGGCAGAAAACGCCAGUCGAGCGGCCCCAACAGCGUUUCGUCACAAAGCCAAACAUCGCAGUGGGAACUCCUCAACCUGACAGACCCGGCAUUAUUCAAGCCGGCUGCCCAGUCUGUUGGCAGCAAGAGCACGGGAAGCAACAAUGACGAUGACGAGGACGACGACGACUCGGAAGAGGACGACUGCGACGACAAUGAAGAGGAUAACGCCGCGCUCAACCAAAGUAGCGGCGCUUCUGAUAAGGGGGAAAGGCCACAAAGACGACAGUCGGCUUCCAGGGAGCCUCUGUCCAGCAACAGGCCAACACUGUUGAAGAUGCCUGGCUCUGAGAUGCUUGAGACCCAGGUAGACAACUGCAUGCAGUUUGAAUCGCUCAUCGAGUCUUGUUAUCCCUCGGCAUCGACUCGUCCCUUUAGAAACGAAGACCCGGCCCCCACCUCCAACCAGAGUCAGGAUUCUGGGCCCACACACAAGGAUAGGACAGCCAUCCACUUGGGAGAACCAAAGACGGACGACUUGCACUUCUCGCCGACCGGCUUAAUGGGAUCUCCCAUCACCAUGGACACCAAGAUGACGGAUUCGGGCUUCGUCAAUGCAGACUGUGUCAUGAAAGACAAGCCAUACUCUGCAACGACGCCUCUCUGGCUACGACAGCCCGACGAGCAUCCUGUUCCGUUUCCGUGUCACUUUAAUGUCUCCAUCACCAUGGCAUGCGACCAGAGUCAGGUGCAGGCCAUCAUGACAAACCUGUCUCAUCUCGGGACGAAUAUCACCCUGAACUUCCAAAGAAUAGCAUAG